GUGGUUUAAUAGUGGACAACACGGUAAAAGUCAGCAGAGGACAAAGAGUAUCAUCAUAUACGUCAAGUAUUCCCGCGGUCUCGCUUAUAAAAUGUGAAUCAACGUGCUUCUUACGUAAACGGAAUGGAAUGUGCAACAUUUGCGGAUAUGAUAAAAUAUCAAAGACGUGUUUUAUCAGUAAUGAUAACGAAGCCGACAUCAUUCUUACUUCUGACCACACAAAGGUGGUUCUAAAACCAAUUGAACAUAUCUGUGAGAAUGCAGAGUACCUGGUGAACGGAGUCAACCCUGUAUCUGACGCCCAGCUUAGCGCUUCGUCAGUGUAUGACCCGGGACAUGCGGAAACAGGAGCCAGGCUCAAUACUUCACCGAGCCUUACAACGGUUGGCGCCUGGUGUGCGGGGUACAAUGAUGCAAACCAAUAUAUACAGGUACAAUUCAAUGAUGUUAGUCACGUGACAGGCGUGGCUAUUCAAGGUCGACCAAUCAACACCGACCCAGCCUUUCCUCACGUCGGCUGUUGCCUCCAGUAUGUGACUUCAUACAAGGUCCUCUAUAGCUCUGACUGUGUAAACUUUAUCACGGUCAAAGACAACAAUGGAGUUGAUAUGGUAUUUACCGGGAACACGGACCAGGACACUGUUGUGACAUCGCUGUUGCCAAGUCAAGUUACCGCUCUUUGUGCAAGAGUCAACCCAAUUUCGUAUUUGGGGCACGUCAGCCUUAGAUUCGACAUUCUUGGAUGUCCGAUCUAUAACUAA